CCCAUAAGCAUAAUGAGUGAAUAAACCAAACCAUCUAUAUAUGACGACCCAACAAAAUUUUAAAGAAGAGACAUGGAGAGGCAGAGGCUGAGCACGAAAUGGAUAGCUACCGUUGCCAGCAUAUGGAUUCAGUGCAACAGCGGUUCAUCCUACACCUUCGGCAUCUAUUCUUCCACCCUUAAAUCAUCCCAAAACUAUGAUCAGUCAACACUCGACACAGUCUCUGUUUUCAAAGACAUCGGUGCCAACGUCGGUGUCCUCUCAGGUCUCCUCUACUCGUAUGUCACGCUCAACCACCGUACCCGUCUCAACUUUUUACGGGGGCCUUGGGUUGUCCACCUGGCGGGUGCUCUCCUUUGCUUCGUGGGGUACUUCUUAAUGUGGGCUUCUGUUGUGGGGCUAAUUCAUCAGCCACCGGUGCCGUUGAUGUGCUUGUUUAUGUUUAUGGCGGCUCAAGCUCAGACCUUUUUUAAUACGGCAAAUGUUGUGACGGGUGUCAUGAACUUCAGCGAUUACAGUGGCACGAUCGUGGGUAUCAUGAAGGGUUUUCUUGGUCUAAGUGGAGCUUUGCUAAUCCAAGCAUAUGAAACUAUAUGCAAGGACAAUCCGAGCGCCUACCUUCUGAUUCUUGCACUUUUGCCAACUUUUGUUUCCCUUUUGCUCAUGUGUCUUGUAAACAUCAAUGGAACAAACUCUUUUGAUGAUAAGAAGCACUUGAAUGCUUUCUCUGCAGUUGCUCUGACAGUGGCUGCCUAUGUUAUGAUCAUUAUAAUUUUGGAGAACAUCUUUACUUUUCCAUUUUGGGCACACAUCAGUACAUUCGCUAUUCUGGUACUUCUACUUGCCUAUCCUCUUAAAAUUGCAAUCACAGCCCAGAGGGAGAAUACAGAGAGAUUAGCUCAAACAUUUUCUCCAGAGAGGAGUCCAUUAGUGGACAACCCUGGUACAAUGACAUCCCCCAAGUUUUCCACAGAAGAGGACCCUUCAGAGUAUCAUCAGCUGCCUGGUGAUACUUGUGAAGUGAAGGAUGUUUCUAGUGACAGAAUAUUGGCAGUUGAGGAAGACAUGAAUCUCUUGCAAGCAAUGUGCACUGGAAACUUCUGGCUGCUGUUCAUUGCCAUGUUAUGUGGAAUGGGCACCGGGCUGGCUACAAUAAAUAAUCUCAGUCAAAUAGGCGAAUCCCUAGGCUACACAAGCAAUGAAAUAAGUUCUUUGGUCUCUUUGUGGAGUAUAUGGAAUUUUCUUGGUCGUUUCGGAGCAGGGUAUGUCUCAGAUAUAAUCCUGCAUAAGAAAGGUUGGGCAAGGCCAAUUUUCAUUGCUAUCACUCAAGCAACAUUGUCUGUUGGUCAUAUAGUUGUUGCUUCUGGUAUCCCAAACACACUGUAUGUGGGUACAAUUAUAGUGGGUCUUUGUUAUGGUUCCCAGUGGUCACUUAUGCCUACAAUUAGUUUUGAGAUAUUUGGUGUUGGCCACUUGGGAACUAUUUUCAACACCAUUGCCAUAGCAAGUCCUGUUGGAUCAUAUAUUUUCUCUGUAAGAGUAAUUGGGUAUCUGUAUGACAAGGUAGCCAGCGGAGAAAGCAACUCCUGCUCUGGUUCUCACUGCUUCAUGUUAGCUUUUCUGAUAAUGGCAUCUGUUGCUUUUUUUGGAUGUCUUGUUGCACUCCUGUUGUUUUUUCGCACAAGGAAGUUCUAUAGUCAAGUUAUUCUCAGACGAUUGCAGCAUUCCUCGAGAUCAUGACUCAUGAGAAGUAACUCAGGCAAUGCCGGCAGAGAUUAGUGGCCAAUGAAAAUUUCCUCUUUGCUAUUGUAAUAUGAUGCAGGUGUUAAAGUGUGUAUUCUUUUUUAGGAGAGAACAUGAAACAGUAUAGCUUGCCAAAUAAGUUCUUCUCUUUUCUUCUGAAAAAUAAUUAAAAAAAAAUUAUUCGCCA